UGCCAACGUCGCCGGCGAAGUACGCCGAGUAGCUCCGAGUAAUCGCCGCUGAAAACAGCCCCUGAGCCGGCCAGAAUCACCCGCCCCCGGCCGACCACCCGGGACUAAACGAGCUGUGUUGUAACGAAAAUCUUUCUCUGGAGAAUAUUCGUGGAUUCUCGUGUUUCUUCACGAGUAUCCCACUAACCGGAGAUUGAUCGUUCGCUGGGCUCGACGAGAACGAUAGGUCAAUAAAAUCGGACGCGAAUCAUGAAGCUCACGAUAAUCGUACCUCUGCUGGCUCUCUACUUGAUCCAGGUUGCGAGCGUUCAUUGCGGGACGCGGCCGAGCUUCGUCUCUGAUAAGAUGAUCACAACCGCGGCCAGUGUGGUGAACGCUUGUCAAACGCAGACCGGAGUGGCCACGGUGGACAUAGAGGCGGUGAGGAAUGGCGAAUGGCCGGAAACGCGGGAGUUAAAGUGUUACAUGUACUGUCUGUGGGAGCAAUUCGGUCUAAUCGAUGACAAAAGGGACCUCAGUCUGAACGGUAUGCUCACGUUUUUCCAGAGAAUACCUGCUUACAGAACCGAAGUUCAGAAAGCGAUCAGCAAGUGCAAGGGGAUUGGUAAAUAUUUCGCGAACGGCGACAAUUGCGAGUACGCGUACACGUUCAACAAAUGUUACGCGGCGUUGUCACCACGGACCUAUUAUCUGUUUUAACGAAUUCCCGCGCGAAGUGGAGAAAGCAAUACUGCGGGAGGAACGCGAGGCUCCAGGAACUGUAUCCGUUUCGAUGUAAUAAUACCCCAUAUCCGUUCCGCACGAGACAUCAAUAAA